AUGCAAAUGCAAAGCUCUGGAUUCCUUGUGGAUUCCUUGGAUUCCUUGCUCCAUGGCACAGCCUUUGAAGUUUAUUACAGGACAUCGCAGUGUAUGGUCAUGUUCCAAUGUCCCUUGGAUCAAUUUGAACGCAUCCUGGUGAAAAGGGCUUUUGGCUGCUGUUUGGGUUGCAGUGUCAGAUCUUCUGCAAACUCCAACUCCAUAACCACAUUCGGCAACAGCCAACGAAGGGUCACAGACUCCCUGAUUGUUAUAAAUGCGAUGCUGUUUGGGCUUCAGGCAGUUUCUGGACAGAAACUGCUGCUUAUGGGUGCAAAGAUAAACAGUGCUAUCUCACAAGGGGAGUGGUGGAGGCUAAUGACAGCAGCCUUUCUACAUGCAGACAUCCUUCAUUUAGGGUUCAAUUGCAACGCGCUGCACCAGAUCGGGCCUAUGGUGGAGGCGUUGAGCGGGAGCGCCAGAUUCAGCGUCAUCUACCUGGGGUCUGCGGUUGCAGGGAACCUGGCCAGCAUGGCGUUAUCGCCGCACAUGUCGGUGGGGGCGUCAGGGGCGAUUUUUGGAGUCGCUGCAUCCCUCGCAGUGUUCGCUUACAGGCACCGCGCGUUGAUGGGAGAAAGGGCUGACUUUCUACUGAAGAGGCUGAGCGACACCGCCGCCAUCAAUUUCAUGUACGGCCUGAUUAUAAGGAGGAUCGACAACUGGGGCCAUCUGGGAGGCCUGCUUGGCGGGGCCGCCCUUACGUACCUGCUGGGACCGAGGCUUGUCGCCGUCCGGCCCAGGGGGACCAGGAACGUCCAGCUGGUCGACAGGCCGCCCCUGCCGAUCCUCGCUGACAGGAGGCCGGAGAGAAAGUGA